AUGGAUGUCUCGACGGCGAUGUGGACGGCGGCCAUCGUCGGCGCUGUCGCGGUCUACUGCACUCCUCUUCAUUUGAUCCCAUCUCUCGCUCCCUCUUCCCCCUUCUUUUGUUCCUUUUCAUUCCGUCAAUCUGUUGGUCAGAUGAAGAAAGGCCGAGUUCUAGUGGAGCCGGCGGCGGCAGUAGCGGAGACGCGGUUCCGCGACAUGCGCAAGAGGCCGUGGGGGUGGUUCGCGGCCGAGAUCAGGGACCCCUGGAAGAAGGUCAGGGUGUGGCUCGGAACCUUCGACUCGGCCGAGGCUGCCGCCCUGGCCUACGACUCCGCCGCUCGCUCGUUCCGUGGUUCCAAGGCCAAGACAAACUUUCCCCUCACCGCCGCUGCUGCUGCGUCUCCCACCCCUACUCCUUCAUUCCGCUGCCCUCCCUCCGCCCGGUUUCCCUUUUGCGACGACCACCAUGACCCCCCGCCGUCCUCUCUGCAACGGCCGACGUCGAGCAGCCACAGCAGCACCGUGGAGUACUUCGGCAGGCCACGUCUUCCUACGCCUACGUUCGCGACGCUGAGCCGCCGAUGUGUGUCGCAGCUAGAGAAGAAGGCCAAACCACUUCCCCAGAGAAUUCCAGACAACGACGAAAACUGCCACAGUGACUGCGGGUCAUCGGCCUCCGUCGUUGACGACGAGUGUGACAUCGCUUCCACAUACCGGCAUACACUUCCGUUUGAUCUUAACCUUCUCCCUUCCCUCGAUGACGACAUCCAAGCCACGAUUCUCUGCUUUUGA